UCUAAUUUGCGCACCCUGUAUCAUAAAAAGCUGUGAUGGCUAUCCACAAAUAGUACAUAAUCAUGGACGAUCGUUGGAUGUUAUUGUCGUUAUUACUUUUGGUAAUCCUCGUAGGCUUGCUGGACAAUAGUUCUGCUCUCAGAUGUCGUACCCAGGAUGGCCCCAGUAGCGAAGAAGUGCGGAAGGUUAUCCGAACGUGUAUGAAACGUGUUACAACGGAGACGGAUAAUGAAACCAGCAACGAGAACAACGAAAGCUCGGAUUCGUCCUAUCCAGAUGCGAAUCAAAGUGAGGAGAAUGGUCAGAGGGAUAUAAACGAUGCGAGACAAGGUAAUCAGAGGGGAAACGGAAGAAAUAAUGGCGGUGGAGAUAGAACCAACGAUCGAAAUUCUGAUAAAAAUGGGGAAAACCGUCAGAACAACAAUAGGAACCGAAAUGAAGGCGAACGAUAUUCGGAACGGGAUUUCGGGUAUGGAGGAUGGGGCAACGGCCGUUCGGGACGGUAUAAGAGACAAUAUUAUAACGAUAGAUCAAACAACGGCUAUGGAAAUGGAUACCAAGAGAACAACCGUUAUGAUCGUGAUCAAAGAAACUUUCAAGGAUUCAAUGGCAAUAGUUCUCAUAAUGCCUCUGUAGGACGUGAUCGAGCCUGUCUGAUGCAGUGUUUCUUCCAGGAGUUGAAAAUGACUAACAAUGAGGGAUUUCCGGAUAAGCACCGAGUCAUACAUGUGGUCACUAAAGAUCUAAGGGAUAACGAGCUUCGAGAUUUUUAUAUCGAUUCGAUUCAAGAGUGUUUCCACAUGAUCGCGGUCGAGCCAAUUGCAACGAUUGGGAAUCUGAGACGAUAAUUUUCUAAAUUGAAGUUCACAAUUUGUGUGGAGUCACAAGCACCUUAUAGCAAUGUGUAAUGUCUCUCAACUAGCACCUCGUUUAUAGGAUAUAAAUGCAAUAUGUUUCAAACCUACCGAAUUUUUCAACUCAUCCUUCUUCGUCAUAUGCUCCUCUUCCGCAUGCUUUUCA